CUUGCAGCUUCGCGAGAUUUCCACCAUCCUUGUUCCCCUACCUCUGCCUCCCUCUUCCUCCUUCUAUUCUUCCCUUUUCCUCCCUCUUUAUCUUCUCCCCUCCCUCCCUCUCCUCCCGCGCCUCUUCAAGAUGAAUCGCCUCGGCCGUUCAUCUCUGCCUCUCCCGCCCAGAGUAUGCCUGCUCUGUCAGACCCGCACCACACUUCCCUCCACAUUUUUCGCCCCCUCACCCUUGACAGGAUGGCAGGCCAUCCGUGGCAUGGGACGCAAAUCAGAACGACGGGGUAAGACAAGUCGCCAUGCUCUGUCCUCGAACGUCUCCCGGUCGACAAUCACUCCCCGCUCGCCGCGGGAGAGAAAGGGACCUUGGGGCGGCAUGAACAUCACCCGAGUGCCUGAGGGAGAAGUGCUACGGGGCAAGGACAAAAGGAAAGACAAUGACCCCCGGACCGAUGGCAGAAAGGACAAAGAUAAGAAGGAAAGCCCUCUGUACAAGGCCUUGAAAAUGCAGACCGCGUUAGCGCCGGUCUCGUAUGCGCAGCGCACCAAGGUCAAGGAGAGGAUUGCGGAAAUCACCAGCUUCGAUCACUUCCCGCUCAUGUCAGUCAUCCACCAUUCCAUCUCUUCCCAGGCCCUACCAGGGCUGACGGACCUGAUGCCCACCCCGAUCCAGCGGGUGGCCAUCCCGGAACUCCUCAAAGACCCCAUUCCGCAACUCGGAUCCCCGCCCAACAGCGACGCCAAGUACGAGCAAUAUCUUCUCGCCGCGGAGACCGGAUCCGGCAAGACUCUGGCAUAUCUGCUUCCCCUUCUCGACAAUUUCAAGCGCCUGGAAGCCGCGGAGAUUGCCUUCGCGAAGAAGGAGGAGGAAGCAAAGCAGAGAGAAAAGGAGAAGGAGCUGAAGAUGAAGAACAAGGCGUAUGAUAUCGAGCCGGAGGAACCCCCGAUGUCAAACGCCGCCCGGCCGCGCAUGGUCAUCUUGGUGCCAACCUCCGAGCUGGCCUUCCAGGUGGGGGACAAGCUCAAGGCCCUCUCGCACACGGUCAAGUUCCGGUCAGCUGUACUGGCGUCGAACCUCACCCCUCGUCGCAUCAAGAACGGACUUUUCAACGAGAAGGGGGUCGACAUCAUCGUGACCACGCCGCACCUGCUCGCCUCCAUCGCCGAGAAGGAACCGUACGUGCUGAGCCGCGUCAACUACAUGGUGCUCGACGAGGCCGACAGUCUCAUGGACAAGUCCUUCUCGCCCAUCCUUAAUGAGAUCAUCAGCAAGGCCACUCCCUCCCUUCACAAGCUCGUCCUCUGCUCGGCCACCAUUCCACGUGGCAUGGACGCCACCCUCCGCAAGCGCUGGCCCGACAUCAAGCGCCUGACCACCCCGAGCCUGCACGCCAUCCCGCGCCGCGUCCAGCUCGGCGUGAUUGACGUGCACAAGCCUCCAUACAACGGCAACCGCUCGCUCGCCUGCGCCGACAUCAUCUGGUCCAUCGGCAAAGCCGGCCACACCAACCACGACGCCCUGGAACUGGGCCCCGGCCAGGCCCGCUCGCUGGACAAGCGCAUCCUGGUGUUUGUGAACCGCCGCGAGGAGGCCACCGAGGUCGCCGAGUUCCUCAAGUCCAAGGGCAUCGAUGCCAGGGCCUUCACCCGCGACGUGACCGACCGCAAGGAGCGCGAGAUCUUGGCCCCCUUCACCGAUUCCCCGCCGCCCCUGACCGCCGAGGAGGUCCUUAAGGCGAAGCAGGAGGAAUCCCGCCGCCGCCGCGAGGACCGCUCCAUCCCCUUCGUCGGCGACUUCGGCGCCACCGCGGUGCCCGACAAGGGUCUUGACAAGGUCCAGGUCCUAGUCUCGACCGAUAUCGCCUCGCGCGGCGUCGACACCCUCGCCGUCAAGACCGUCAUCUUGUACGACGUGCCCCGCACCACCAUCGACUUCAUCCAUCGUCUGGGCCGUCUCGGCCGUAUGGGCAAGCGUGGCCGCGCUGUGGUGCUGGUUGGCAAGAACGACCGGAAGGAUGUCGUCAAGGAGGUUCGCGAGGCCAUGUUCCGUGGUCAGGCUUUGAUUUAAGCCCCUUCCUCGACUUUCGACGUUUCAUUAAUCUACUCUCAUCUUCUACUACCAACACUUUUCUUCCCUCUGGGCAUCAUGACUAAAGCUUGGCGUUUAUUUUUCCAAAGGGGGAUUCAUCAAAAUGGGCAACAACAACAAUCACAACUAUCAACGAAGGCAAAUAAUUUUUCCGCAUGGGGACGGGUGUCAUUUUCUUUCUCCUUACAUUGACACAUCAUCCACUAGAUCUGGGUCCGGUAUUGGAUCAAAUGUAUUUAUAAGCUGUAUAGUUUUCCUCUUCAUAGACUUCCUACUUUCUACGAAAUAC